GUCAGACACACGGAUGGUGUCUGAGGUGGAUUACCGCUACGGUUCCGCCGCUCCGCCGCCGCUCUGCCGCCGCCUCUUUGUUUACCGCUCCGCUCCUCUCCCGCUCCUCCUCUGAGGAGGUUCCGCUCUCCUGCUGCCUGUCUGCCCGGCUCUCCUCUCCUCAUUCUCGGAUCUGCUUUUCUUCGGAGGGACCUCUCUGCGGACUCACACCCCAACAGGCCUUCAGCUUCACCGCAACAGGUCGAGGAGGAGCCGCGGAGUGAGUCCGGGUCCGGGUCCAGAUGAAAGUCUGAGGCUUUCAGCUGCAGAGACAGAGAGGAGGAGGAGAGAGGAGGAAGAGGAGAGGAGGAGAGAGAAGGAGAGAGGAGAGGAGUGGAGGAGAAGGAGAGGAGGAAGAGGAGGAGAGGAGCUGCAAACAUGAUGCCGGUGAGUGAGGAAGACUAACUCUUCUUCUUCUUCUUCUUCUUCUUCUUGUUUUCCUGUGAGACUAGACCCAGACUCAUCAGGACACCAUCAUCAGGUCUUCACAAACGUCUGAUUAAAAAGACCAGGAACCAAAGAACCCGGUCUAAACCCGGACCAGAGAACCAGAACCAGAAUUAUUCAUGUGGUCUGAUUUUAAAGCUGUUAUCUUAGAAACAAGUACGGGAGCCCUGAAGGUCAGAAACACAAACCACCUUCAAAACAUUUCAGUGAAAAUAAAAAAUUCACUGAAAAUAAAAAAAGUUUUUUAUUGUUAAAUAUUUUAUGUUUGUAUUUAAACUUUAACUCGACAAAAUUCUGAAUCAUGAAAAAAAUUUAAGUUAAAAAAUAAGCGAUCAGUUUUUUCAGACACAGUUUACGAGUUUCACUCUUUUUUUUCUCUGUUUUCAGCUCCUGUUUAAAUAAUGAUCAAAAAUCAAGUCACAGCUCUUAUUUUAAACUAAACAUUAGCAUGUCAGCUCUUUUCGUAACUUGCCGAAUUAUCGCCCAGCACCGUCGUCUUCAUUCUUGUGGUUCAGAUAGAGCCUCACUCUUACCCCUAAAUUCCACCGCAAGCAGAACGGCGGCGAUUUUCGCCAUCCGCCGAACUCCACCAGAUACAUUUGUGAGGUGAAUUUCAUGGCGAAUUCUGGACAGCAGGUGUUAAAAGAACCCGUGAAUUGUCUCCAUAACGACGGCCAGAUAACCAUAUUUUGUGUCUGUGCCCGACUUCCUUUCCAGCACGGGUUAAUCUGUGCUGAAUUUAUCCGCCAUGCUCCGGCGUCCAGAAAAAAUAGAACUCUUGUGAUCAGCUGAGGAGUCCGGCGAUCCCGCGACUUGAACGGUUAGGAUCAGCUACGAUCGGCGGCAAUCGGAGCUGACAGCCUUGGAAUUUGGGGGUUCCUGCGUUUGAGCCCCGGUGGUAUUUUGGGUUCUGGUCGUGUGUCAAACCUUCGCCGGGUUCAAAGUUUCACGGGUUCAGACUCAGUCGAGUUUUGGGGUCGACGAUCAGGAAAUACUUCGUAAUAUUUAAUUAUUUUGAUUCCAGUAAAAUGAAAAUAAAACUAUCGUACUUUUCCGUAACACCGUUGAUGUUUUAUCCGAACCCUCGACCGAGGUGGAGAUGAUCGGUGCCCAGAUUAUAAAAAACCUCCUCAGAUGAACUUUCAUCAGAUUUACUGUGAAACUGAGACUCUGAGCAACAGAGAGAGAAAUCCAACGAAUCUGAGGAGAAGGAAGAAUCAGAAAUCGACUUUUUAACGUCCCUGAGUGACCCUUUAAAGGUCGGGGUUAACGAGGAGAGGAGGGAAGGAGAGGAGAGGUGGAGAGGAGAGAGGAGAGGAAAGGAGAGGAGAGGAGAGGAGGGAAGGAGGGGAGAGGAGAGGAGAGGAGAGGAGGGAAGGAGGAGAGAGGAGAGAGGAGAGGAGAGGAGGGAAGGAGGAAGAGGAGAGGAGAGGAGAGAGGAGGGAAGGAGGCAGAAGGUGGAAAGGAGAGAGGAGGGGAGGAGGAAGAGGAGAGGAGAGAGCAGGAAAGGAGGGGAGAGGAGAGGAGGGAAGGAGGGGAGAGGAGAGGAGAGGAGAGGAGGGAAGGAGGAAGAGGAGAGGAGAGAGCAGGAAAGGAGGCAGGAAGAGGAGAGGAGGGAAGGAGGAGAGAAGAGAGGAGAGGAGGGGAGAGGAGGGAAGGAGGAGAGAGGAGAGGAGAGGAGAGAGGAGGAGAGAGGAGAGGAGGGAAGGAGGGAGAGGAGAGGAGGGAAGGAGGGAGAGGAGGAGAGGAGAGAGGAGAGGAAAGGAGGGGAGAGGAGAGGAGGGAAGGAGGAGAGAGGAGAGGAGAGGAGAGGAGAGGAGGGAAGGAGGAGAGAGGAGAGGAGAGGAGAGAGGAGGAGAGAGGAGAGGAGGGAAGGAGGGAGAGGAGAGGAGGGAAGGAGGGAGAGGAGGAGAGGAGAGAGGAGAGGAAAGGAGGGGAGAGAAGAGGAGGGAAGGAGGGGAGAGGAGAGGAGAGGAGGGAAGGAGGAAGAGGAGAGGAGAGAGGAGGGAAGGAGGAGAGAGGAGAGGAGAGGAGAGAGGAGGAGAGAGGAGAGGAGGGAAGGAGGGGAGAGGAGAGGAGGGAAGGAGGGAGAGGAGGAGAGGAGAGAGGAGAGGAAAGGAGGGGAGAGGAGAGGAGGGAAGGAGGAGAGAGGAGAGGAGAGGAGGGAAGGAGGAAGAGGAGAGGAGAGGAGAGAGGAGGGAAGGAGGCAGAAGGUGGAAAGGAGAGAGGAGGGGAGGAGGAAGAGGAGAGGAGAGAGCAGGAAAGGAGGCAGGAAGAGGAGAGGAGGGAAGGAGGAGAGAAGAGAGGAGAGGAGGGGAAGGAGGAAGAGGAGAGGAGGGAAGGAGAGGAGGGAAGGAGAGAUGGUUGGUCAGAUGACUGUAAAAAUAUUGAUUUCAAUAAUCAGAUUAAUUAAAAUCAGAUCAUUUUAUUGAUUUAAAAAAAUUUGUUUUUUUUUUAAGAUUUCUUUAAAAAAUUUUGUUAAAAUUGAUUGAUGCAGAUUUUGUCGUUUUUCAUCCCGACUUCAGUCUCUGAUUUAAAAAACUAAAAUAAAAAAAAACGUAAGGAGCGUCACAAUCAGGAUAAAAACAGGAAGAUGGCGGCGGCGAGCGGGAGGAGGAAGUCUCUGCGAGGAAACAAUAAAAAAACGACCUCCGGAGGUUUUUCUGAAUCUCUGUUUCACACCCCAAACAUCGCUCUGCAGACCGGCUCAGAGGAGCUCGCCGUGACUGCUGCCUGGUUACUGUUGCCACAGUGACCAGAAACACACACACACUCACACACACACAGUCACACACACACACUCACACACACACACACACUCACACACACACACUGCUCAAGGUCGUACGGGAACAUGAUUUUUGAUUCCUCGGCUGAUGAGGAACUAAAGCAGGGAAGUUUUAACCUUCAUUUACGAUCAGACGCCGCUUUGUUCCCGUUUGUCGUCUGUAAACAGGAAGUUCCUCAGAUCACAGCGCCGCCGCCGCCGCCGACAGGCUCUGAUCGAUCAGAAUAACUGAAACAGACGCUGAUAAUUCACCUAUAAAUCCUGAUUGAUCGUCUUUCCUGUUGAUCGCUGUUUCAUGACCUGUUGUUGUUUUUCUUCUCAGCAGUCGAGACUCGAAUCUCGAAUCUCGAAUCUUGAAUCUUGAAUCUUGAAUCUCGAAUCUUGAAUCUUGAAUCUUGAAUCUCGAAUCUUGAAUCUUGAAUCUUGAAUCUUGUUCUGUUAAAGUCGUUUGCGUCUCUGUCGGAACAUGAAAUGGCGUUAAUGGAAACCGACAUUUAAAUGGACUUUUGUAAAAACAGGUUUAAAAACGACGUUAGUGAAGAGAAGAGCUGACGAACUGUUGUUUGGUUUCUGACUCCAGUCGAUCUGUGAUUCACGCUCCUUUAGUUGAAUAAAAAAUACCAGAAUCAAUAAAUAUGAUCGAUAUCUACUCUGCUGGUGAUCCGCUAUUGUCUAUACAGAGUCUCUCUAGAUUCCUGUUGUCUAUACAGUCUCUCUAGAUUCCUGUUGUCUAUACAGAGUCUCUCUAGUUUCUUGUUGUCUAUACAGAGUCUCUCUAGUUUCCUGUUGUCUAUACAGAGUCUCUCUAGAUUCCUGUUGUCUAUACAGAGUCUCUCUAGAUUCCUGUUGUCUAUACAGAGUCUCUCUAGUUUCCUGUUGUCUAUACAGAGUCUCUCUGGUCUGAACCUGAACCAGAACCCGAUGUUCUGCCGAUCUUCUCCUCAUGAUCGGGUCUUUAUUUUAAGAGUUUGUUUUUGUGACUGUGAUAUGGUUACCAUGGCGAUAACAAUGAUGUCAUCAGUCUGAGGCAGCAAGCUCUUUUACUGACAGCUCAUUGGUUGAUUUUCAAUGACCUCAUAGACUCCAGUCCUCAGUCACACUCAUGUACGCCACGCCGUCAGGCAGCCAAUCAGAGGACAGCAGUCAGCGCUCCGUGUCAGCAGGAGCGUCCCGAGUGUUUUUGUUGUUGUGAGUCGUGGUUUCCUGGACAGCAGGCUGUGUGUGUUUGUGUGUGUGUGUGUGUGUGUGUGUGGCGGGGGUUAAUCCAAUAAGGAUGCGUCACGUGAGGCUGGCAACCAUAUGGCCGCGAUCCACGCCGCCUACAAAACAUUUGGCUGUGACCGCGGCGCACCAGCUGCCCCCCCCACACACACACACACAAACACACAAACACACACACACACACACACACACACUCUCACACACACACACACACAGCAGGAUUCAGUGGAAACAUCCAUCAAUCAAUACUUUCGAUCGGUUCCAGCUGAGUUCAUGUGUUGAUCGUUUUCUCUAAUGUGGAGGUGGUUCUAAGUUCUGGUUCUGGUUCUGACAUGAGGAGGCGACCAUGUUGAAGUAACCUGAGAGAGUUCGUUCAAAGAUCGGCUAAAACUGUGAAAUUAGUCCAAAGAAGAGCCGAUCAAACAAAUGGAUCAGGAACACCCAGACCUGGUUUAGGACCCGGUCCAGACCUGAGUCCAGUUUUUGGGUUUCACCCGCUGAGACGGUUUCAAGGUGAUCUUCAGUCUGAACUUCAGUCUCUGAGGAGGUCCUCAUGGUUCCUCAUUUUUAGACACGACAGGAUUUGGGCCAGAAAGAAAAAACGAGGUUUAAAAAAAUGUAAAAAAAAGAUUAAAAAUAUUUUAAAAAGAUUAAAAAUAAAACUUAAAAAAAGAUUAAAAAUAAAACUUUAAAAAAAAAAAAAAAUUUAAAACUUAAAAGAAAAAGAUUAAAAUAAAACUUAGAAAAAACUUUAAAAAUUUAAAAAAUAAAAUAAAAUCUUUAAAAAUUAACAAAAAUACCAGAAUAUCCCUUUAAAACGUCCCUCUCUCAUAGAGCUGAUGGUUGGAUCUGGUUCUGGUUCAGGACUCGACCCGUCCUUCGUCAGGUUGAUGAAUGUUUAGACUGCCGAGGAUUCUGGGACAUGGAGAAGAUUUUUGUACUUCUGCGUCUUUUUUAUAAGUGAGUGUCGUUAAAUCGGUUCCUGCUUUGAUUCUAUAAUUUAUUUAAAAAUGUAAAAAUCAUAAAAAUCAUUGAAAUAAUUGAAAUAAUUAAAAUCAUUAAAAUGGUUAAAAACAUUAAAAUCAUAAAAUUAUUAAAAUAAUUAAAAUCAUUAAAAUGGUUAAAAACAUUAAAAUCAUAAAAUCAUUAAAAUAAUUAAAAUCAUUAAAAUCAUAAAAUUAUUAAAAUCAUUAAAAUCUUUAAAAUCAUAAAAUUAUUAAAAUCAUUAAAAUCUUUAAAAUCAUUAAAAUUAUUAAAUCAUUAAAAUCUUUAAAAUCAUUAAAUCAUUAAAAUCAUAAAAUUAUUAAAAUCAUUAAAAUCUUCAAAAUCAUUUAAAUCUUUAAAAUCAUUAAAAUCAUAAAAUUAUUAAAAUCAUUAAAAUCUUUAAAAUCAUUAAAAUCUUUAAAAUCAUUAAAAUCUUUAAAAUCAUUAAAAUCAUAAAAUUAUUAAAAUCAUUAAAAUCUUUAAAAUCAUAAAAUUAUUAAAAUCCUUAAAAUCAUUAAAAUCAUAAAAUUAUUAAAAUCAUUAAAAUCUUUAAAAUCAUAAAAUAAUUAAAAUCAUUAAAAUCUUUAAAAUCAUUAAAAUCACGGCUCGUCGUUGUUUUGAAGGAGACGUCUUUCAGACAGUCAACGCCUCAUUAAUUUCCUCCUCCUCGCAGCAGUGGGGGGUUGUGGGUAUUAAGCCGUGUGAUGCUGUGCUAAUUCCUGAAUGGAUUAAGAGUUUAACCACGACUGAGCGGCUGAAGAGACGCUCCUCUGUCCGACAGAUUUUUUCUCUUUUGUUUAUUUUGAACCUUUUCUGUUCAGGUGAUUUUUUAUAAAUAUCUGUGAUGAUAAUUUUCACUAAAACAGUUUUUAUUUGAUCUUCUAUGAUCUUAUUUUAUUUUCUUUUUAUUUGAUCUUUUCUUCUCUAAACACUCGCUGAUUUUGAGGAAAGUAGAGCUUUAAGUUUUGCAGCUCCUCUUUUGACUUUUUAAAAAAACAGACUCAUUUAUUAUUGACGUACGGAGGCCCUGAAGGUCCACUGUUUAAACAUUUCACUGAAAUAUUUCAGAGUUCGUGUUCGCGGUCCGGAGAAAGAGACACACUCUUAAAUCUGCUUCAAACAUCUUAACGUGGCGUCUCCAUGGAGACUCACUCAGGACACGCCCUCUUGUGGUCACCAGAGGAACUGCAGUUGUUCGUUAUUUUGUCGUAGACCUUGUGUUGAGCUUCUUUAACAGGAAGUCUCAUUUCCCCCGGUGUUGUUGUUGUUGUCCUGAGGGACAGACAGCCUCUCUCUCUCCUUCUCUCUGAUUGGCUGCUGUGUUCACGGGUUGACCUCGGCGUGGUGACUGACGGCAGUGACCCACUUCCUGUGAACAGACCUGAGCGCAGCAGCAGUGCUCCAGUUUUCCCUCAGAGCUGAAUGUAGGACAUCCGGACAUGUGGGACUAAUUUAUCUGUUUCACCCGAGAGACGCUGAGCGCCGUUUUCUCUGAUGGCGGUCACUGAAGAUCGACCAAUGACUGAUGAUUAACGUGAAACAUGAACCUGAAUGUCUGAUUUUAUGAUGAUGCUGUUAUUAAAUUGAGAAACUCCGGACUCGUCUCUGACGUCAGGAUUACAGCCGUGUGUCGGACAUGUUUGUCCUCCUCUGAGGUUCGUCUUUGACUUUAGACCUUCCUGGUCAGCUCGGUGUCGGUCCGUCAAAGUUCUGCUCGGUGUCGGUCCGUCAAAGUUCUGCUCGGUGUCGGCCCGUCAAAGUUCUGCUCGGUGUCGGUCCGUCAAAGUUCUGCUCGGUGUCGGUCCGUCAAAGUUCUGUUGAGAGGAACCUGACACCUGCUCCAGGUCUUCAGUUAACGUAUCGGUGACGUAAGCGCACUACGCCGCCGGUCUACAUAAAGACCACUAGACCAGCUGCGGUCCGCCUGCGCUGAAAGCUGACCAGGUUUGAAUUGGCGAGAUUUCAGCGCACUUUAUACGCCACCGACUGACACGAAAAUGUCACUGCACCUCCCCUUACCGCGCCACCACGCCCAGCUUGGCGGACCUUGGUGCGAAAGGUCCACCAAGCUGGGCGAAAAUACCAAAACUGGCUGUGCGCCACCCUCCGCCGCGCUGCUGGCGUGUAGAAAAAUAGAGCCCCUUGAGUUAAGUGCUACUUCCUGUCUUGGCGAGGACGGUCUGGAAAAUCCGCUCAGAUCCCAAAGAACCAGCGCCGUUGUGUGUGCCGUUAGUCGGCGUGUUGGCAGACGUUAGCUUCGCUCUUUUUUCCGGCUGGUUUGUCGUCGUCGUCGUCUCUCCGCUGUGAAAUGCUCUGCUGGUUUAUAACUUCCUCUUAAACAUGCGAGUGUCGUAGAAAAGUUCCCAGGCUGUCCUCGCAGUUUUUUUACUCGCCGUUUUUUGUCGUGGCGGUUCUUUAGAAACUCGUGUUUUUGUCAGGAUCUCGCCGCGGUGCGAAUAAAGUUUCUUUUUUAGGUUUGAAGCUUAAAAGUUUCAGAGACAGAAGGAGGACAUGAGAGCUGAAUACAGAAACAGACUUUAGAGACUCUGAAGGACGUCUCACUGACCCCGACUCGCCAUCAGACUGUUUGAUAUUCCUGUCAGGAAAGACCUAGAUCUGCUCUCCGCCAUGAAGACGCCGUGUGACUCCGUUUUUCUGGGACCCUCCUCUGUCCUGCAUCACAAGUACCUGAUCUUUUCUCAUGUCAGUCUUUUUACUGAAGCUUUAGAACGGCUUCAGAACCGCGUCUGAGUCUGAACGAGGCUGCGGCGAGUCUCUGAGGCGUACGGGUCGAAGACAGCGGCGUGUUUUUCACGUCAGACGAAGUGAAACGAGGUAAAGAUGGAGAGAAGAAGAAACCAGCGCCGUUUCAGGAUAAAUAAAGGCUGGAAAACGCCGUCGCCUGCCUGCUGGAGGCGAUCUGGCUCUGGGCCUGACGGCAGAUACCCCGCUGAAGUGACAGAUGGCCCAGUGCAUCAUGGGAGUUACAGGAUGUCCACAAAUAUCAGUUAAUUCCUAAAUAGCACAGAAGGCUCUGAGAAAGGUGAGAGGGUUGAAACGUCGUCGUCGUUGUUUCUCCUCCCACAAAAAAAAACAGAGGAAAAAGAAAUAAAUCAGAAACAGUUUGGAGACGAGAGUUCAGCGACGAUCGAAGGUGAUCAAAAAAAAUAACUGAAAUAAAGAAUAAAAAAAUAAAAUAAAAUAAAAAAUAACUGAAAUAAAAAAUUAAAAAAUAAAAUAAAAAAUAACUGAAAUAAAGAAUAAAAAAAAAAUAAAAUAAAAAAUAACUGAAAUAAAAAAUAAAAAAAUAAAAUAAAAUAAAAAAUAACUGAAAUAAAGAAUAAAAAAAUAAAAUAAAAUAAAAAAUAACUGAAAUAAAAAAUGAAAAAAUAAAAUAAAAUAAAAAAUAACUGAAACAAAAAAUAAAAAAAUUAAAUAAAAUAAAAAAAUAACUGAAAUAAAGAAUAAAAAAAUAAAAUAAAAUAAAAAAUAACUGAAAUAAAGAAUAAAAAAAUAAAAUAAAAUAAAAAAUAACUGAAAUAAAAAAUAAAAAAAUAAAAUAAAAAAUAACUGAAAUAAAAAAUAAAAAAAUAAAAUAAAAAAUAACUGAAAAAGGUCAAUUAUUCCAGUCUGAUUUAUACUGAAACGAUCUUUUACCGACUUCUUUAAAUAUCCGAGAAGAAAAAAGUUCGUAUGUCUGCGAGAGUUUAGGCCGUUCUUUUAAAAAUGAAGCCGAUUAAAAAAACGUCUAGAUUUGGGUUUGAACCGUUUCAGUGAGUCAAACAUGAAACAGUGACGAGUUCAAAUAAAGAGAGUCAGACGUGUUUUCAAUCAUCUAUAUCAGCAUAAUCAAUAAUAUUUUCUCACAUUUAGUGUCAAACAGUUAAUCGUACGAUAGAGUGAUGGACUUUUUAAAAAUAUCAUCAAUAUGUGGUUUAAAUUCUGGAUCAAUCCAAAGUCCAAGUUAUUGAAAUCAAUGAACUUUAUUGACAGGAGAUCAAUCGGACAAAUUAACGUGAAAAUCAACCUGAAGAGAUCGGAGCUGACGUGUCUGAAAAUGAGACGUUUUUCCAGGUUUGACAGUUUUUUACCGCCUGGUUUACAGGCUGAUGUUUCAAAUGAAAACAGUUUUUACUGAGACUCAGUUUAACGGACCCGGAACCAGAACCAGAGAGCGAAGGUUCUGUUAGCAGGAAAGACUUUAGUGACUGAAAUGGAACUUUUAACACGUAAUUAUUGUCGAUUUACUGAGGCUUGACUUUGUGGCCUGCCUGGACUAACACUGUGCUCUUCAGUCCAGCCUGAGACGGAGGCUGACGUUGAGGGAAAUAUGUCCGACUCCCGUUAGAGACCACUGACUGUGGUUUAGAAGUUCUGGCCAAUCAGAAUCCAGAAUCUGACACCACAGCAGGAAAUAAAGAGCGGGAAAAUCUACCGGAGCACUUUUUAAAAAUAAUCGACUCAAACAGGAUCAGGACCAGAACUUUUACUUUUUGGCACCAAAAGUUUGAAUUCAGGAACAUUUCUGCACCGGACUGGACUGGACCUGACCGGACCAGACCGGACCUGACCUGACCUGACCUGACCUGACCUGACUGGACCUGACCUGACUGGACCUGACCUGACCAGACCGGACCUGACCGGACCUGACCAGACCGGACCUGACCGGGGCGGACCUGACCUGACCUGACCUGACCUGACUGGACCUGACUGGACCGGACCUGACUGGACCGGACCUGACUGGACCUGACCUGACCGGACCUGACCUGAACAGACCGGACCUGACCAGACCGGACCUGACCAGACCGGACCUGACCUGACUGGACCUGACCUGACCUGACCUGACUGGACCUGACCGGGGCGGACCUGACCUGACCUGACCUGACCUGAACAGACCGGACCUGACCAGACCGGACCUGACCUGACCUGACCAGACCUGACUGGACCUGACUGGACCGGACCUGACCUGACUGGACCGGACCUGACUGGACCUGACGGUCUUUCUAAAAUGUUUUUAUCAGUUGGACUUUCUGAGUUCCCGCUGACCUCCUCUCUAUCAGCUGGUUCCUCUUUAAAGAUCUGAGGUCAUGACCCUGGUCCACCUGAGGUUCAUCAGAACCCCGCUCUGUGUCCGUGUUUGCAGAUGUUUCUCACCGUCUACCUGAGCAACAAUGACCAACACUUCAGCGAGGUUCCCAUCACGCCGGAGACGCUGUGCCGGGACGUGGUCGAGCUCUGCAAGGAGCCUGGAGAGGGGGACUGUUACCUGGCCGAGAUGUGGAGAGGCUCAGGUGAUCUUCCCAAGAACAAAUCUGGAUUUUAGUUUAUCGACAUUUAAUAUGAAAUAUAUUUAAAAUGUAUUUUAAUUAAAAAUAUAUUAAAUAUGAAAAAUGUUUAUUUUUCUGGUUUUUAACGACUCAGAGCGUGUGGUCGGGGACGGGGAGCGGAUGCUGGAGGCGCUGCAGCGAUGGGGGCAGCAGAGAGGGGAGGUUCGUUACCUUCUACACCACCAGAGGGCGCCAGGUCAGAAUACAGGUGAGAACUAUGAUCUGGUUCAACCCGAACUCCGAGCUUUUGUCCAAGAGGAACGUCUGAAAUCUUCUCAAAAUACUGAAAGUUUGAACAACAUUAAAAAUAAUUAUAACUGAUAAAAAUCUCAACUUUGUCAAUAAAUCAAAUAAAACUGAAGGAAAGUCUCCGAUAACGACGAUAAUGACGAUUACAAAGAUAACGAAGAUUUCAAGAUUACGUCGAUUAUGUAGCAUAAAAAAAUAACAGUUAGCAUGUUUAACGAUGUUUCGUGUUUAGGUGGAUCCAGAGGUGCAGACCAGCUGAUGAAGAGGAACCAGGUGAAGGUCUCUGUGGAGAACGGGGUGAGGACUGUUUAUUGGUAACCUUGUAAGUGAGAGGUCAAAGGUCAUCAUCUUUGGACUAGCCUCAGGUAGCUUAGCACCGAAACUGGACGCAGACUCCGAGGACGUCACGAAGUUUUUAAAUGACGACGGGACGAACCUCGCAGUCCUCCGACGUUUGUGAGUGAGUGAGUGUGUGUGUGUGUGUGUGUGUGUGACUGUGUGUGUGUGUGUGUGUGUGUGUGUGACUCUGUGUGUGUGUGUGACUCUGUGUGUGUGUGACUCUGUGUGUGUGUGUGUGUGUGUGAGUGUGUGUGUGUGACUCUGUGUGUGUGUGUGUGUGUGUGGGACUCUAUGUGUGUGUGACUGUGUGUGUGUGUGUAUGUGUGUGUGACUCUGUGUGUGUGUGUGUGUGUGUGUGUGUGUGUGUGUGUGUGUGUGACUGUGUGUGUGACUCUGUGUGUGUGUGUCGCAGGUUUCGGCCCCGCCCCUCGACCUCACGCUCACUGACCUUCAGGACUUGGCGUCUCGUCAGCAGCAGCAGAUCAGUUCGCAGCAGCAGCUCCUCGCCGCUAAGGUACGUGGUCACCGCUAACGCUAACGGAGAGGGGGAUGAUGUCAUUCAUGUGACCUUUGACCUGCUCAAUAACGGGCCGGUCAAACCCAGAACCAGGUUCAGGACAGACUCCUCCCCCUAAAUCCUCCACAGGAGGUCCAUCUCACCUCUGACCAUCAGACUUUAUAACUCCGCCCCCUGAGCGUCUCUCGACUGUAAACAUCGCCACUUCCUGUAAUUAUUAUUGAACGUUAUAAUCUGACUGUAAACCGAUCAAAGAUCAAUAAUCUGAUAAUGAUGACUCUGAUCAAUAAGAUACUUUGGAAACUCUUUGUACACGGCUGAUUUCUGAAACACUCCUAAAUAUUUUUAUUUCUAAUAUUUUUAACUUUUUACCAAUUUUACAGAUUUUUAUUGAUUUAAAUUCGUUUUUAUUUUCAUUUUAAAAACAUUUUUAUUUUUAACAGAAACUCGAACGCUGCGAUAAAUAAAGGGUUCUGGUUCUGAAACGCUAAUGCUAACGGUAACGCUAAUGCUAACGGUAACGCUAAUGCUAAUGCUAACGGUAACACUAAUGCUAAUGCUAAUGCUAAGAGAAUUUCCCAGUCUGGGAUCAAUAAUCGAUCUAAAGCUUCUAAAACUUGCUGUAUUUUUGCAGCGUCAGCAUCUUUAGAUAAAGAGGAUAAAAAUAACGGUCUUUACGAUCACUUUGACACACGAUUAUCGAACUCGUUAACUGUCGUGUCGUUUGCAGGAGCAGCGGCUGAAGUUCCUGAAGCUCCACGAUCAACGUCAGCAGGUUUCCGAACAGGAACGACUUCAGCAGCUCCGAGAAAACGCACAAAACCAGGAGGCCAAGCUGAGGCGAGUCCGGGCCCUCAGGGGCCAGGUGGAGCAGAAACGUCUGAGUAACAGCAAACUGGGUCAGUGUGGGAAACUGGUUUAUACUCUUUAAACUGGUUUAAACUGGUUUAUACUCUUUAAACUGGUUUAAACUGGUUUUAAACUGUUUAAACCGGUUUAAACUGGUUUUAAACUGUUUAAACUGGUUAAUGCAACAGCAUUUUCACUUUUUUGGAGUUCCAGUUCGGUCCGGUUUUCCGGUUCUUCUUUCUCAGGGUCACUUGGACCUGAUGGACUCGUGUUUCUCAGAGCAGGUCGAAUAAAAACGUUCAGACAGAACAGAAAUAAUCCGACUCGUCAUGAUGGAAAUGACAGGAUUAAACUGUUUAAAGUCACUGGGACGGUUUCACCCGUUCAUAUCUGCUCGGCGGGUUCGUCUCUAACGUGCGCCGACCCUCCUGGUCUUUGACUUCGAUCACAAACGUCGAACUUUGAAGCCAGGAUCGAAGUUUUUCGUCUUCGAUCUUCACAGAACUAAAACUUUUUGAGUUUUAGAAAAUCAGUCAAAUGAUUUUAAAAGAUGUUUAAGAAUCACCCUGAGCUCAAAAUAAACCCGAGCAGUCUCAUAAAACAUGUUAUCAUCCAUGAGGGGGCGCUGUGUUUAGGUGUGGAUACAGCCGUCCUCCUCGUCUCGUUGACUCCUGGUUCUUGUGUUUGUGGGUCAGUGGAGGAGAUCGAGCAGAUGACCGGUCUGUUCCAGCAGAAACAGAGGGAGCUGCUCGCCGCCGUGUCCAGGGUGGAGGAGCUUAGCGACCAGCUGGAGGCGCUGAGGAGUAACCAAUUCCAGCUUCCUUUCCCGCCUUCUCAUCUCUAUCAUCACAACACCUCCUCCUCCACCUCUGAGCUGGAGCGUCUUUACAAGGAGCUGCAGGUACGGAGACGUAAACAUAUAUAAACAUAUAUACAUUUAAAUUUAGGAGUUCAAAGGAGGACGUGUUUCGUUUCUGACAUCAAAGUUAUUUUUCCAAAACCAUCAAAAAUAAAAAGUUUAUUAAACUAAAACUAGAUUGAUCAGGUUGAAUUGAUGGUUUUGAUCCGAUCGCCGACGUUUCAGCUGAGGAACAAACUGAACGCGGAGCAGAGCGGCCGCCUGCUGCAGCAGAGAGACAGCCUGAAUAAGAAGAACCUGGAGGUGGCGGCGAUGGACCGACGGCUCGCCGAGCUUCGACAGCGUCUGUGGAAGAAGAAGGCGGCUCUUCAGCAGAAAGAAAACGUCCCUGUGAGUUUGGACCACAGAGGACAUCUUAGAGCACUUCCUGUUUCCAUCAGCUGACAAACUUUACCACCAAACUGAUUUCUUAGCCCCGCCCACAGCGCCAAAACUCCGACCACACGCUUAAUUAUUUUAAAUUAUUUAAAAAUAUUUAAAAGAACACACUUACACACGCCCACAACAAGAUCAGCAAGAGGACAUUUUCUCCAGAGGGGGGCGCCAAAAUCAACACAGGAGCUUUAAAGUGUUUCCUGUAUAUUGAUUAUUCCUGAUCGAUUAUUUUCCCUGCAGGUGGCUUCAGAUGGACCUCCGCACAGCGUGAGCUCCAGGGUGGCGGCGGUCGGGCCGUACAUUCAGUCUGCAAACACGAGCGCUCAGGGUCCUCCAGUACCGGCCCGACAGGGGGGUCCGGUGAAGCCAGCAUACCCAGACGGCACCGUCACCUUACCCACGCCAGACCCGACCAUGAAGCCGCCGCCCAGACCAGUAAAACCAGCUUUAGGUACGAGUCAGUCAACGGACGGACAGACGGACACUUUAUUCUCUCCAACAGAAAUUCAGAUAUCCACACACACAUAUAUAUAUAUAUGUGUGUGUGUGUGUGUAUUUAUACAAACACACACAUAUAUAUAUGUAUGUAUAUAUAUAUAUAUAUAUGUAUACAUAUACUGUAUGUAAAUAUAUAUAUAUACAUAUAUAUUUACAUAUAUGGGUACAUAUAAAUGAAUAUAUAUGUAGAGUGUCCACCUCAGUAUCUCCGUCCAGAAUUGAACACUUGGAGGAAGAGCUCAGAUCCUGUAGAGAACCUCAGGCUCCCAGGUCUCUGGUCGAGGAUCUGAGCUUGAAGGAGACACAAUAGCGCCCCCUGGUGGUGGGCGGACCUGCCAGAGUCCAUGGAAGAAAACAGGAGUUUGAGCUCCUUAAAUAUGAGAUGUUGUUUUACAAUAAUCUGAAGUUUCUCUUGAAUCUCAGAUUUUUGUCAGAUUAUAGUUUUGAAGCUGAAAUCUCAGAGUUUCUCUUUCAGUUUUAGUUUUUCUUUUUAUUUCUAUUUUAUAUUUUUUUUUCCAGGUUUUUCUACGACAAAAACCUCUAAAGUCUCGGAGUGGAGCGGCUCUUUUUCUGAGAUGAGUGGCGGUCACAGUCACGCCUCGACUCUGCCUCGCAUGUCCACCUACAGCACAGGUCACCACGGUAACCAUCUUUCUGACCCUCGACCCCUUUAUGAAAAAUGUUUGUCCUGACUGACCCGACUGUUUUUUUCUCCUUUAAAGGCUCGAACAGCCUCUCUGGAUCAGAGAUCCCGCCCCCUAUCCCCUCACGGACCAAUCACAGCGCAGAAAAUCUGCUCAGAGACAAUCAAGUAAGAAAGUCACUGUGACUCAAAAAACAUCAAAAUCUCCUGAUAAAAUAAAUCAAAUUAAUAAUAAUAGAUAAUUAAUAAAUAAUUAGUAAUAAAUUCAAUUAAACGUUUUUUCUCCGUCAGCCCGCCGUUAAAGGUCUUUCCAAGACUGCAGCUCCGCCUCCUCCUCUUCCCUCCAAACCGAAACCGUUCUCGUCCUCCGGACCUCCAACCUUCGCCAAACUGACCUACAGCACAGGAACCUUCCCAGGUAAGGCCCGGCCAGUUGGGGGGCCGCUGUCCCGGGCCCCUGCAGGGGUCCUCUUCAGCCACAGCAGCACCCUUCCUCUGCCACUCAAGCAGGAGAGUCCACCCGCCGCUACCGUGCGCCCUUACACACCUGAGCUCUCUGAGGCUCCGCCCCCUGUCCUGCAGAAGCCCAAGACUUUAGCGGCCUCAUCCAUUUACUCCAUGUACACGCAACAGUCCACGCCAGGAAAGGGAAUCCAGCCGGGGGGUCAGGGAACGCUUCCCCGCAGCUCAGCCAGAGGUAACGCAAACACACACCUGUCAUUCAGAGGAAACACACCUGUCAUUUUUUCCACCUCCUUCGUUUUCUCGCCACAGUUUACGGGAAGCCGAAGAAGCCGACUUCCUCCUCAGAUGGCGCCGCGGUGAACUCUGCUGUUUCUGAUGUAGUUGAGGCGAACAACGGCGGCCCAGCUGGCAGCGAUGGUGUAACCACGGAGGCAUCAGAAAGAUCCACACCUCGACCUCUCAGCCCCACUAAGCUCCUCCCCUUCCUGUUCAACCCUCACAGGAACCCGAGCGACGCUGACCUUGAAGCCCUUCGCCGCCGGCUGCAUCACGCCCCCCGACCCCUGAAGAAGCGCGGCUCAAUCACAGAACCUGAGGGUCCUGGAGGACCCAACAUCCAGAAACUGCUUUAUCAGAAAACCACUCUGGCUGCCAUGGAAACCAUCGCCAUGGAAACCAUCGCCAUGGAGAGUGUCAGUACAUCAUCGAGCGUCACAACGCGGGGGGGUCACGACAAUUGUGCCUUUGACAUGACCUCUAAGGUUGACGGCCUCGACCAACCGCUAAAUUUCAGCCCAGAUGACAACCUAACCCCGCCCCCUUUGCCACCUCGCUCACCCAUCGCCGACCCGGCUUCCUGUCGCCCCUCCUCGCCCACCCAGCCGGAUGGCGAUGAAGAGGAGGCGUGUUUGGCUGCCCCGGUCUCUCAGGACUUCCUCUCAGAGGAGUUCCCUCCAUACCCGCCCCCGCCUUACCCCUGUGGAGAGGGAGAGCAGGGCGAAGACGGCGUGAACCUGCAGCCACCAGAGGUGACGGGACAGGUGGCGGCGCCCCUGGUGAGCAUCACCAACAAAAACUCAAGACGCUCUCCGUGUCGAUGACGUGACCUCUAACUCUCUCCCUCUCUCAGGGGAAGAAGUCGAUUCUUCGUAAGGUCAGCUCAGAUCGGACCGACCGCGGCGUCCGGGUCAAGUUUAACCCUCUGGCCUUGUUGUUGGACGCGUCGCUGGAGGGCGAAUACGACCUCGUCCAGAGGGUCAUCUACGACGUGAGUCUGAUCCUAACGUUAGCGCUGAGGGGGUCACCGGUCCGUCCAGUUUAAUCAUAAUAAUAAUAAUAAUAAUAAUAAUAAUAAUAAUAAUAAUAAUAGAAAAAUAAUAACUACAAAUAAAUAAAUAAAUAAUAUAGUAAUAUAAUUAUAAUAAUAAAAACAAUAAUAAUGAUAAUAAAAAAUAAUAAUUACAAAUAAAUAAAUAAAUAAUAUAGUAACAAUAAUAAUAAUAAUAAUAAUAAUAAUAAUAAUAGAAAAAUAAUAAUUACAAAUAAAUAAAUAAUAUAAUAAUAUAAUUAUAAUAAUAAAAACAAUAAUUAUGAUAAUAAAAAAAUAAUAACUACAAAUAAAUAAAUAAAUAAUAUAACAAUAAUAAUAAUAAUAAUAAUAAUAAUAAUAAUAAUAGAAAAAUAAUAAUUACAAAUAAAUAAAUAAUAUAAUAAUAUAAUUAUAAUAAUAAAAACAAUAAUAAUGAUAAUAAAAAAUAAUAAUUACAAAUAAAUAAAUAAAUAAUAUAGUAAUAAUAAUAAUAAUAAUAAUAAUAACAAUAAUAAUAAUACAUUAUUAUUAUUGUUAUUAUUUUAUGUACUUAUUUAUUUUUAAUUAUUUUUUAAUUAUCAUUAUAAUUGUUAUUAUUAUUAUUAUUAUUAUUAUUAUUAUUAUUACUAUAUUAUUUAUUUAUUUAUUUGUAAUUAUUAUUUUUUAAUUAUCAUUAUUAUUAUUAUUAUUACUAUAUUAUUUAUUUAUUUAUUUGUAGUUACUAUUUUUUAUUAUCAUUAUUAUUGUUAUUGAUUUAUUGACCCGGUAAAUUGCUAAUUGAUCGAUGACUGCUCUGAGUUACGACAGCAGGAAAAGUGAGUUCAGGUGAACGUCUUCCUGACUGAAGUUAAAUUUGAUUCAAUGAUCGUGUGAAUAUUGAAUAUUGAAUAUUGAAUAUUGAAUAUUGAUCUCCAUUAUUCAGAAACCAGUUUUUUUUUUUAAUUGAUCGAAAAAAAAAAAACAAACCGGAUCAAUGAGGAGGAGGGGCUGAUGAAGAUCAGGUUCAAUUAAAGUCCGGGGACCGCGAGGUGUCGCCAGACCAUCUGAGAGACGACGUCUGUCCUUGUGUCCGGGGUCGUCCCCCGCGGUCGUCCCCGCAGUCGUCCCCGGGGUCGUCCCCGGGGUCGUCCCCGGGGUCGUCCCCGCGGUCGUCCCCGUGGUCGUCCCCGCGGUCGUCCCCUUGGUCUCCUCCUGUUGUUGAUCAAUGAGGAGAAUCGGGUUUGAAAACUGUUUCAGAAUUUCUGAACUUUCACCGUUUCUGAGGCAGAGGGCGAAGGUUUUCUUAGGUCUAAAACACAAACAAACGAUAAAACUGACGAUCAUGUGAUCAGCUGAUUUAUCGUUAAGAAAUAAAUCGUCGAUGCCUGAAAUCAGCAGAAAUGAUUUGUGAUCAAAUCUCCGUCCUGCAGGUGGAAGACCCCAGCAUGCCGAACGACGAGGGAAUCACCGCCCUGCACAACGCCGUCUGUGCCGGCCACACGGAGAUCGUCAAGUUUCUCGUUCAAUUUGGAGUCAACGCUAACGCCGCUGACAGCGACGGAUGGUGAGUUAGCUAGCGAGGAAAACUCUGUCUUUGUUAGCAUCAGCUGUUAAAUCAUGUAAGUUUUUAUAGACGCCCCUCGAACCGGACGUGUUGUUUCUGCGUCAUUAUGGAGGAGUGGUUUGGUUGAUAUGGCUCCUCCCAUCACGAAGACGUCACUUAUUUAGCGUCAUGGUUGUCGUCGUUGUCUCAGUUUUGAGGAUCUUCAAUAAUUUCUCUUCUGGCCUCCAGGACUCCCCUCCACUGCGCCGCCUCCUGCAACAACGUUCAGGUCUGUAAGUUCCUGGUGGAGUCGGGGGCGGCGGUGUUCGCCACCACGUACAGCGACAUGCAGACGGCGGCGGAUAAAUGUGAAGAGAUGGAGGAUGGCUACGCCCAGUGCUCCCAGUUCCUUUACGGUAAAACAACAUGUCAGAGUCAGAUUUAGAUCUUGAUGGUCCACCGAAGGAGACCUGAGGUCUUUGGGUGACGUUGACGAGUCAAGAUGGUUCAGAAGACAUCUCCAGAUGUUCUUUAAACGUCUCUGAAGGAUCUUCUAGAGGUCAACAAUAACUGGUUUUAUUUCAGAUAUUCAGGAUGAUAUAAAUCUUUAAGGAGUCGGACUUUACUUCAGCUGUAGUGACGCUCUUCAGACGCUCAAGUUUCUCAACGGUUCGUAUUUCUGUCCUGACAGGCGUUCAAGAGAAAAUGGGCGUGAUGAACCGUGGCGUGGUGUACGCCUUGUGGGACUACGAGCCCCAGAACGAGGACGAGCUUGGCUUCAGCGAGGGCGACUGUAUGACGGUGCUGAGACGGGAGGACGACGUGGAGACGGAGUGGUGGUGGGCGAGAUGUGGCGACCAGGAGGGCUACAUCCCCCGGAACCUGCUGGGGGUGAGCAGACGAGUUUAUCUCCGAACGUUUGAAACAGACGACCGCUUUGAGUGGACAGGAUGAAAAACUUUAAUAAAUGAUGGUCGACUAUUUUAUACCAGGAGAAGAGAAUAAAAUCAACGAUCUGAAAAAGUUACAGUGAAAAAAAAAGAAAUUUUCUCUUUAAAGUUUCCAGAACUUUCCAGAACCUUCAGUUCUUUGAACGUUCACAAAAUAAUCAUUUUUAAACCUUUUUUUUACUCGAAUCUCUGAAACAACUUUUUAAAAAAUAAUGAAUAAAAAAUGUUCUGAACAGCUGAUCGGAGCGGAAGAAUAAAACUUCCAUAAAAAGUUGUUUUUAUAAAUAUAUUCGUAUAAAAUCAGGAGAUAUAUGUGAGGAAGUCUGAAUUAACCCUUUAUUCAGAUGACAGGACGUGUUUUUUCUCGCCAUUAGAGGAAGUUCAAUGACGAACAGCUGCGGCGUUUUUUAGAGUUAAGAUGAAAUUUCUCAUCCCUGCUGGUGUUUAUCUGUCGGACAGUCCAGGGUCUGUUUUAAUCCGGUUUUCACUGAACCGAGUUACGUAACAGAGUUGGGUAUUUAAAAGUCGUCUUCAUGGUGUUUUAAUGAGAAUCUGUUUUUUUUUCACAGCUUUAUCUGAGGAUCAAACCCCGACAGAGGAGCCGGGCGUAACGACGAAUCCUCUGAAAGACGAGGAGGAAGAACUCUGGACGUCAAAUAUCGGAUCAUAAUAACGACGUUUAAAAAGGACGAUCAGACGUUUCAUGACCUGCUGUGGACGUUGGUCGGACCUCAGACACAGCUCAUCUUCAUCCUCUGGAAACAAACUGAUUAUUGACUUAUUGACUUGAUCUGAGGAUAUUGAUAACCUUCAAAUGUCCAACAUCAUUGAAGUUCAUAAACUGAAGAGUAGAAGUUUCUGAUGAAGGUCCACUUUGGUAUUUUCGUCACCAUAUCUCAGCGUUUCGAGGCAGAGAUGAACAUUUUCGGAUUAAUGGAUGCAGGAGUUUAGCGUUAGCGUAGCUCUGCUUUACAAAGUGUCACUGAGGGACGAACACGGCGGCGGCGGCGGCGGAAAUGGAGAGAAACACGGAAGAGAAAGAUCAGAAACUCCUCAGUAACUGCAAACAUCUAAAUAUGUUCAGAUUUUAACAUGGAGCUCUAUGGGGACCGACUCACCUUUGGGGACAGCCUCUAGUGGUCAGAAGAGGAACUGCAGUUUUGGUUUGAUCAACUUUAAGUCAUUAUUCUGUUUUUAAUUGACUGUCGUUCAGUUUGGAAAGAAGUUCUGAUGUUUGUUUUGGAUCAUGGCCGGUUCUGACCCAAAACCGUCCUUCCGUCAGAACAUGUUAUUAACUUUAUUGUUUGUUCUUUUACUUUUUAAUGGAGUGAAACGAUCAGUUCAACCUGAAACUGGUUUACAUCUUAAUGACCAAGAAGACGAUCAAUAAAGGUGUCGAUCACAGAAAUUUCCUCCAUGAUUGAUUUUUCCUUCGAAGAAUUACAAACUACGUUUAUUAUUAUUGUGAUUUUUAACACGGUUAUUGUUUGAAAAAGAGUUAAAGGAACAGUCAGGGAAACAAACACACACAGACAGACACACACAGACACACACUCACAAAAAUGAGGCGAUUUCGCGUCAUUUGCGUGAAAAACUCACUCAGUGCAAAUAACUUUCUCAACUUUGCCGCCAGAAUUCGCAUCAUUCAGACCAUCAGAGUAGAAUCGCGUCGAAUGGCGUCGGCCUCACACGUUUUUCACUCGCACAAAUAAUUUUACUUUCACUCGGAGUGAACGCCUCAUAAGAUGAACAAAGUGUUAAAGUUCGUUAAAACGGUUUGCUGAAAAAAAAAAAAGCUUUAUGAUCGUUAAUAUGUGAGCAGAGGUGAAGUCCUUACUGAGCACGCUCCAACGGCGACUUCGGCUGAGUCUACAGCCUCCAAACGACGAUGAUGAAAGUUAACCUCCAAGUGUUUAAAGAGGGAAACUGUCAAUCAUUGAUUUUCAGUUUAAUCAUUCAGUGGUUGUCAUAGUAACAGUCUCCAGUUUUCAAGGUUUGCUGAAUCAUCAAACCCAAACAUUUCUGUUCGCGUCAAAAUAAAAACCAACAUAAACAUCAGGACAAAAUAUUUGUGAUUCUUCUGCCAAUUUUUCUCUUUUUCCACAAACAAAUUUUUUGUAAUUUUUUUCAAAAAUGAAAAAGUUUGCUGCGUCAGUUGGAAGCUAACUUUGCCGAUUUCUCUGGAGGAUUUCUGUCUUUAGUCGGAGCGGACCAUCAACACUCAGAUUAUUGAGGUUUUAUAAUCUGUAUGAAAAUAAAACAUGUUUUUUCACACCAGGACGACCAACAUACGGAUUUACAAAACCCUGAAACAUCAAAAGUGAGUCUGUUUCAACACUUGGUACAUAUUUAAUAUUUGAAACCAUAGAAGAAGACGUUUCUCUUCAGAGCAUGCAGGUUAUGCUUUUAGCUGCAGAAGCUGCCUGUUACAUCGAACCUACAAACGUGUGAAAUAACCGUCACUUAACAGGAACUGCGAGUCGGAAACGUUUCAGCGUCUUUUUCAGAUGCAGAUAUUGAACAAGUUCAUGAGUGUAAGGCUGUAAGCGUGAAAACCGUCUUUUAUUCCCAAACACCCGAACCGUGAGUAUUUCUGAGGAGUCCAAAUAUUUCAUCAAAGUCCACCUGUUUCUAACGAGGAGUCCAAGUUGGUGUUUGGGUCCGUUGAUUAAAUCCAGGCUGAUUAAAACAGAGAAAGUGGUGAGAUGGUGAAACGGGAAUAAAGUGCAAAAAGCUCAAAUUAAAUGGAACAAGCUGCUGGUUUCUUUGGAUUAUAAUCCCGUCAAAUCUACUGAACCAGAGAUUAGAGUAAUCUGUUUUAUACUGAGUCCAGAACAAAAAUAUAUAAAUCAUGAAAAAACAAAAACAGAAAUCUGGAAUUAAAGCAGAAUUCCUUAAAUAUCAUUUUCACAUUAAAACAAUAAAUCUUAAAAAAAAGUUUCAUGUGAAAAAAAAAAUUAAAAACAUCAAAAAUAAUAUAAUUAAUAUAAUUAAUAUAAUAUUAAUUAAUAUUAAAAAUAUUAAAAAGUUUAAUUUUCUUUAAACUUUGACUUGAUUUGUGAAAAAACUCGAAAGAAAAAAAUAAAGUCGAAUAAAAAGGUGACAUUAAGAUUUUAAUUUACAACAAAAAAAAGAUCAAAAAAGUAAAAAAAAUUAAAUAAAUGGGGUCGGUUUCUGUUUUUCAAUUUUUUUUUUCUCAGUAAAUUUAAUUUUAAAAGAUUGAGUCACACACAGAUUAACCUUUUUAAUUUAAAAAAAAAAGUUUCUGUCACUUUUUAAUUUUAAAUUUUUCUGGACUGUUGAAUUUUUGUUGGUUUGUUAUUUUCUACUUUAAACUUUUCCAUAAAUUAAAAAAAGUCUCAGAACUUUAAAUAUUUUCAGAUUUUAGUUUAAACUUUUUCUGAAACUUUAAAACUCGACAUGAAAUAAAUUUGAGUUCAGCUAAAAUCGUCACAUUUCAAUAUUUUCACUGCAGUAAAUAAAAAUUUUUCUCUUCAAGCUCGAAUAUGAAAAAGUUUUUACUGUCAACAAAAAAAUGUCAAAAUUGACCCUCAGCAGCCGCCGUAACCCUGAACAAACCUGUGUGUUUAAGUUUGAGAAUCUGCUGCAAAUGUCUGAAAUGUUUGACGGACAGACUCCAAACCCAAACGCCUCCUGGAAAUGAACUUCCUCUUUAAACGCCAUCGUCAGCGUGACCCCGAGUCACUCCAACUGUUCCUCAAAUCCCCCCGAAAUAAUCCCGCUGCUGUCUCACGACAAACUGCCUCAGAUUAAGCGUCCAGGCGUCAGUCAUCUCCUACACAAGACACAAACAUCUGCUGACGUGACAUCACAGCGGCGUGAAGAGGACCACGGGACGAUAGACCAGGGACGGGCGGAUUAAUACGACCACUGAGGUCUUUAGAGCUCCUACAGGUUCUGGUCAUGGUUCUGGUUUUGGUUCUGGUUCUGGUCGUGGUUCUGAGAGGGUGGCAGGAGGCGAGCAACAUGGCCGAUGCCUUUGGUGACCCCCUCCCUGAAGAGCAGCUUGGCGCCGAGUCGCAGGUACUCUGGAUGUUUGAUGAAGCGGAAUCGGACCACGGCUCUCUCGCCUGUUCGC